GGUUCCCGGGCCGGUGCUUUAGGUGUGGACAUCGUGGACAUUAAGCGAUCGGCUGCACUGCCAACGAGAAGGACUUCGUGCCGUAAUGUGCGCGCUGCGAGGGGUGGGGCCACACCAAAGAAUAGUGCGCGACGGAGGAGGCCGCCCUAGCGCAAGUGGUGGAGCAUGAGAGCGACGUGGACUCCGUGGAAGACCAGGUGGUUUUUGCCGGGGCAGUCCCCCUAGGCGAGAGUGGUACCGUUGGUGAAGUAGGUCUAGCGGGGGUUAUGGAACAAGGCCAGGCGGUGUACGUGGCCGAUACAGCGACCACAUGCUCCAUGUUUCGAUUGGCAGCCAACCUCGUGAACUACCGUGAGCGUAGCGGUUGGGUGAAGGGGAUCGUAGGCGACAAGGCCCCCGUUCCUCUUCUAGGAUACGGAGAUGUGACCGUAGUCCUACAGGCGGAAGAUGGUGGAGUACCCGUAACAGUACUGAAUGCUGCCCAUGUACCAGAGGCCCCCUACAACGUCCUCUCGCUGUCUUCGUUGGCGGAGGAAGGCCACACGUAUUCGGGGAUGAAGGGGGGCCUCACGCUGACCACGGAAGCCGGGGGGGAGGUGUGGUUCCCCCGGACUGGCAAGCUGCUGACCCAACGAGGCUAUCAAAUAAAGCCAACGCUACACACCGCCUGUGCCGCACUCAUUGUUCCUGGCGAUGCGAAAGCAGCCAACCCCACUGACCUCAACGAGUACCACCUCGCGCACGGCCAUGCCCACGAGACAUUGCUCAGGAUCACGGCGGAGCAGCAGGGAGUGCAGCUGACGGAUGGACCGCUGCUACCCUGCCUUGGCUGUUCCAUGUCCAAGGGACACGUGAAACCCGUCCAGAAGAGCACGAGCACAAGCGCACUGCUACCUCUCGCAGAUGACGAUGAGGGCGGGGAGGGCGAGAGCAGAGCGGAUGCAUCACGCCAAGGUUGGGGGGGGGAGAUAGACUCAGAGAGUGAGUCCGACCUCGACGUGAUGGAGGCUCGUGGGCCAGGGCAAGCGACGCCGUUUGUAGGCGAGGAGGCGCCGACGGCACCCGGCAACGGGAUUCCGGGGGACGGAGGCAGCGUUCCCCCGUCGUCCCCUUCGGGAAGGGGCGACUUCGGCGGAGGCAGUGACAGCCCCACCGACAGCAGCAGCAGCAGCAGCAGCAGCAGCAGCAGCCCGAGCAGCAGCAGCAGUGACGUCGGCGGUGCCGGCGGCCUGGGCGGCGAAGAGUCCGACGACCCAGGUGGGGACGGCGGUAGCGAUGGUGAUCCCGGCGACUCCGAGAACCUCGAGGAGUUGAAGUAUGAUCCAGCCGACGACCGCUACCCCCGCGGGCUAGAAGGGAAGAAACUCCUCUGGGGCGCCUCGAACGCUGGCCCGCUGCGCCAUGGGCUUGAGAGUGGCCGCACGCGGAAGCAGACCCGGGAGAUGCAAGGUGCCGGGGAGAUGCCGGGGCCCGGAGAAACACCGGACCCGGAAGAGGCAUUGCUGGCGACCAUCCUGGAAACUGGCGGGACGGGGAUUGUUGAGGACUACAUCUGCAACUCGCUUGUGAAGGAGCAGUGGGACGAGGAGCAGACACGCCGUAUGGAGGAGAUGUACAGGCGCGAGAUGCAGGAGGUGUCGGGCCCGGAACAGCAGGCGUUCGGGGCCGAGGUCGACGCCAGCGGGUCUUCGCAACCACUGCCAGACCCACAGCUAAGUAUGACCUCGCCAAUCGGGCAGAAGCCGAGUGAUGUGGAAGCAGUACCGAUGACGUACAAGGAUGUGAUGUGUUCCAAGUACAAGGUUUUCUGGGAGGCGGCCAUGAAGAAAGAGAUAGAUGGCCACGACAAGACUGGAACCUUUACCAAGGUCAAGGAGCUGCCCGAGGGGCGGAAGGCCAUAGGUUCAAAGUGGGUGUUCUCUUGGAAGACGAAUGAGAAGGGCCUGAUAGUCGACUUCAAGGCCCGUAUGGUUGCGCGGGGUUUCUCUCAAAUCCCCGGCAUCGACUUCCACCACUCAUCCUCAGCGUGCCCGUCUGCAGCGUCUAUCAAGACGGUGAUUGCCGUAGCCACUGAAAAGGGCAAGAAACUCGCUCACUGGGAUGUGAAGCAAGCGUACAUCCACGCUAAGCUAAAAGAAGAAAUAUACCUCAGGUUCCCGGAAGGCUGUGGUAGCAUGUCCGGCAAGGUGGUCAAGGUUGAGCGUGCCCUGUAUGGCCUAAAGCAGGGUGGCCGUGAGUGGGGGUUUGAAGCUGCCGAUGCCCUCAUCGAGAAUGGAUACGAGCAGUGCAGGGUUGACCCGUGUGUCUUCCGGAAGGUGGUGGAUGGAGAGGUCGUAGGUCUCAUCGUGAUCUACGUUGAUGACAUCUUAGUGGCGGCAGACGAGGGAGAGCGAGAGGAGUUGUUCGCUUCCCUCAACAAGAAGUUUCCGGUGAAAGAUCUGGGGGAGUGUACCUGGUACGACGGGUGUGCUAUCGCCAUGGAUGUAGAAAAUGGCAUCACCAAGCUGUCCCAGACAGCAUACAUUGAGAGUAUGCUGAAGCGGUUUGAUGUGACCACGACCGCUUUCACCCCUGCUGCCACCGAUGCCGACCUAGGGCCGAAGAGAGAUGACGAGCCCGCGGUGGAUAAGCCUGUGAGGGAGGCGAUCGGAUGCCUGAUGUGGACGAAGCUGACGAGGCCAGACAUCGCCCUGCCUCUGAACAAGCUCCAGAAGAUCGCCCACUCACCCACCGGGAGGAUAUGGAACGCGCUUGUGCGGAUCAUGUCCUACCUGAACUUCACGAAGGACUUCGGCAUCACCUACGUACGGGGGUCAGGACUAGACCUAAGCGUGUUUGUCGAUGCCAGCUACGCUGACAACGAAGUAGACAGGCGUUCUACGACCGGGCUAGCUGGCGUGAAGGAGGCGUUGUUUGUGCGUGGCGUUCUGUCGUUCAUAGCGCUCGAGACGAGUGGGGCGAAAGCGAGGAGCAAGCACAUCGACGUGCGGUUCCAUUUCAUUCGCGAGCUAUUCAAGUCGGGCAAGAUCACUGCAGAGUAUGUUCCGACUGGAGAGCAGCACGCCGACAUGCUGACCAAGGUCCUUGGCAGAGAGAAGUUAGAGUACCACCGGAAGGCUCUGAUGAACCAACCGAUGUAG